CAGUGCAGCUGGAGCUUUAGGCGCCUCGCAGCUUCCACGCGCCACGACGGGCCUUUAAGAGGCGGGACGGGAGAACGGCUCCCGGCUGGCAAACUUAUUGGGCUGACGGGGCCUAUACGCUGAAGAGAAUCCACGGAAGGGGGCGGGGAGGAGCGGAGCGGAGCUCCUGCGCACUGAAUUUGCUCCGGCCGUGGCGGCAACACCGGCAGACUGAGCGGAGGCUGGCGGAGCACUGACCCUGCAGAGGCGGCUAGAACCUCGGCGCACCGAGGGCGCUAGCGAGGCUCGGGGGGCAGCCCACCAUGACGCGCCCGCUGCUCCCGCUGCUGCGCCUUCUCCUCUUCUAUCACGUCCCCGGGCUGUGCGCAGGGGAGCGAAGCAGCCGCAGCAGCAGCGCCAUGGAGGAGAUCGCCACGGAGCAAGAAGCGGAGGAGAGUCACCGGCAGGACAGCGUGAGCCUCCUGACGUUCAUCCUGCUGCUCACGCUCACCAUCCUCACCAUCUGGCUUUUCAAGCAUCGCCGGGUCCGCUUCCUCCAUGAGACCGGCCUGGCCAUGAUCUACGGGUUGAUUGUUGGAGUGAUCCUGAGAUAUGGCAUCCCUCCCACAAGUGGUCAUGACAAGCCAUUCAGCUGUUCCCAAGAGGAUCGGGCUUUCACAACUUUGUUGGUCAACAUCAGUGGGAAAUACUUUGAAUACACUUUAAAAGGCGAAAUAAGCCCUGGAAAAAUAUACAACGUGGAACAAAAUGACAUGCUGAGAAAAGUAACUUUUGAUCCAGAGGUUUUCUUCAACAUCCUCCUGCCUCCCAUUAUUUUCCAUGCUGGCUAUAGUUUGAAGAAGAGGCACUUCUUCAGAAAUCUGGGGUCUAUUCUGACUUAUGCCUUCUUCGGAACUGCAGUCUCUUGUUUCAUUAUUGGGAAUCUUAUGUAUGGUAUCGUAAAAUUAAUGAAGCUGGUGGGACAGCUCUCAGAUAAAUUUUACUACACAGACUGUCUUUUCUUUGGUGCCAUUAUAUCUGCAACUGAUCCAGUUACUGUACUGGCAAUUUUUAACGAACUUCAUGCUGAUGUUGAUCUCUACGCGCUGCUCUUUGGAGAGAGUGUUCUAAAUGACGCUGUUGCUAUUGUACUGUCUUCAUCCAUUGUAGCGUAUCAGCCCACCGGGGGAAACGUCCAUGCUUUUGAUGCAGCAGCCUUUUUUAAAUCCGUCGGCGUCUUCCUUGGCAUUUUCAGCGGCUCUUUCAUGAUGGGAUUAGUGACGGGGGUUGUAACAGCUCUGGUAACGAAGUUUACGAAACUACACUGCUUUCCUUUGCUCGAGACAGCACUCUUUUUCCUGAUGUCUUGGAGUACGUUCUUGUUGGCUGAAGCUUGUGGUUUUACAGGUGUGGUAUCUGUUUUAUUCUGUGGAAUCACACAAGCUCACUACACGUAUAAUAAUCUAUCAGUCGAGUCAAGAAGCCGAACCAAGCAGCUCUUUGAAGUUCUGCAUUUCUUGGCUGAAAAUUUCAUAUUUUCUUAUAUGGGCUUAGCCUUGUUUACUUUCCAGAAACAUGUCUUCAGUCCCGUUUUCGUCAUUGGAGCUUUUUUCGCUGUCUUUCUGGGACGAGCUGCACACAUCUAUCCACUCUCUUUCUUCUUGAAUUUGGGCAGAAGGCACAAAAUCAGCUGGAAUUUUCAGCACAUGAUGAUGUUUUCAGGUCUUAGAGGAGCCAUGGCGUUUGCACUAGCCAUACGAGACACUGCAACUUAUGCUCAUCAGAUGAUGUUCUCCACAACCCUCCUCAUUGUCUUCUUUACUGUUUGGAUCAUCGGUGGAGGCACAACACCCAUGCUUUCAUGGCUAAAUAUAAGAGUUGGCGAACACAUUCCAUCGGUAGAAGAGAUGAAUGAAAGCCGCUGGCAGUACUUCAGAGUUGGAGUUGAUCCAGAUCAAGACCCACCACCCACUAAUGACAGCUUUCAAGUCUUACAAGGAGAUGGUCCAGAAGAAGAUCGAACAAACCGGACAAAAAAGGAAACUGUUUGGAUCUUCAGGCUCUGGUAUAGCUUUGACCACAAUUACCUCAAGCCCAUUCUCACACACAGUGGCCCUCCGCUAACUACAACUCUUCCAAGUUGCUGUGGAUUGAUAGCACGUUGUUUGACUAGUCCCCAGGUUUAUGAGAACCAAGAGCAGCUUAGAGACGAAGAUUCUGAUUUUAUCCUGAAUGACAGUGACCUGACAUUGACAUUUGGAGACACGACAAUAACUGCUAAUGGGUCCUCUGGCUCACAUGCUGCUAUUACCAGCCUUGAUGGCAGGAAGACAAAAAGUAGCUCAGAGGCGGCCUUGGAAUGUGAUCUGGGAACAGAAGCACCUGAAGUUAUGAACAGAGGCACUCGGCUGGUUUUUCCAUUGGAUGCGUGAUGACUGGCGCGAUAACAAUGCAGCAAUUGGCCCCACACUCAAGGAUCUAAGAUGUUGGCAGGGCCCAGUGUCAGCGCAGGCGCUUAGCGAGUUUAACUGAUGUCUCUUGUACAAGUGGUUUUAUUAAGAUCUGAAGAUGCCCGUCCCCCUGCACCAUAUUUUUUAAAAAUACUGUUCAAGAUGCUGACAAUGUCUAACCCAGACAACUAAAAAUUUUGUCAAGCUCUUGCUUUAAAAAAAAUGCACACUUGAAAUUAAAAGCAGCAUGUAGUAAUCAUCUCAUUCUGUUGCUGCCCCACACCUCUAUCUAGAGAUACGGGAAAUAUUAACUGUAAUUGUGGCUAGAGUAAUAAAAAGCCACCGAAUGCUUUUCAGCCUGGAAAGCAGGAGAGAUCGUUGUGAUCUCAGUGUUAGUUAUCAGUGAUAUAAAAGGUGCAAUUUUUGACUUAUACUUGAAAAACUUAGAUGCAAAAGAAGACAUUAUAUAUAGUGACUGCAUUAGCAAACAUUUUUCUGGGACUUGUUAUUGAAAAACAAAGCUCCGUGUCAUUUCAAAGGAUAUUUUAAAAAAAUCCUCCAUACUAGUAAAGUUUGGUAUUAUUCUGUGACUCAAAGGGGAAAGCAAGAAGCAAUAUGCAUGUUUCUCUUAACCUCUGGACAACUUGUUGAGAAUUUCUGUAAGAGUUCUGUGGCUGCAUCACAAGCCAAUCCCAUCUGUUUGCCGUCCACAAUUUACAUUUCCUGCCUCAUGCCCUUAAUAUAUUCUAGUUCUAUAGGUAAACUUACCUGGAGGAAAUCACCAGUCAUCCUUUGACAAUUGUAAACAGUGACAUUCCUCUACUACAACUGUGAAGAGACAGUGUUGAAUGAGUGCAAUGCAGCUGCAAAUUGUCUAUACAAGUUGCACAAGAAGUAUUCAUGGAAUCAGUUUCAGCUUCCUAUAGAGUAGCUUUCCCCAAGUUUGUGCCCUGUAGAUGUGUUGGACCAUGGAUCCAAUGGCCAUGGUGACUAGAGAUGAUGGGAGUUAUAUUGCAACACAUCUAUAGUGCAACAGGUUAGAGAAGGCUUCUGUACUCUGGAUUUAAGCUGUCUUUAAUCAAGGAGAAUGAGCUACCAUGAGUGUAGCUCUUUAUCUGAUGCUUGCAUCAAAACAAAGUGUUUUUCUUACUCUGUUAGAAAGUCUCUGUGUGUGUAUGUGUGUGCAUUAGUGGCAUAUUGCACUAUAAGCCUGGUGUUUAAAAAUGGUGCGGUGCCUUUUCUGUAAUAACAGUAUCAUGUUGUAAUCUGAAAGGGGAAGACUUUGUCUAGGGUACAGGGAUGCUCAUUUACAAAACAAAACACAUGUAAUCCUAAUUGUGAAUGAGUGACCUCCAUGAUACAAUUAGGAAGUUCUCUACUGCUUCUUUCAACAGAAGCUCAGGCACUAAAAGCAGGAUUAAAAAUAAUGUAAUGUUUUGACCCUAAUGGGUAUUUUUUAAACUGACUGCCCUGUAACUUAAAACAUGACAAAUGUGCUUAAGAAAAUAAAAAUGUUAUUUCAUUCUUUUUCAAACCAGAACAAUUUUUUUACUUGCUAUUUCAUUUUAAGCUGUUCAUUAAGGAGAAACUAAAUUUGAACCACCCUAUAUAAUAAAGUCCAUACCUUCCUC